UACAUAUUCUCGAAUCGAUGUAGGUAUAUAUAUCACGUAACGCGUAAUAUCCCUCGUCGGAUAAUAUCGGAAAGUGAUCUAAUCGGAUGCAAUCCCUUCGAAAAAGUGUCUUCCUUUAUAAUUUAUUAUACCACUUGUCUGUUUCCCACUUUCUACUUGAACCGUAUAUCACCGUAUACCACGUAUUGUGUCGUUUUGCAUCCCAGGUCUACUCUCCGGAUCGCUCGUGCCGUUUCGUGCGAAUGAAUAAGUCAAGAGCGAAGCGUCCCUCGCAAGACCAUUUCUUCCCCCUUUGCAUAAGUUUCUUACAACUCCUUACCGAUCCUCCUCGAGGAAACAACUAACAAAAAACUCGAAGAAACGAUCAUCAUCAUCAUUGUUCGCUAACUGAACCGCCUUCUUUUUUUUUUUCUUUUUCAAUUGAAAACUAACGCGAGAGAACCAUCCGUUUCUUUAUCUUCGAUGAUUGAAAAUGUAUUCCCAGUUUGUUGGGCGCAACUCCUUAGAACUUAUCCGCCGAUCGAAUAGGGAAUAAAUAAUGAAAUAUUUAUCGAACGUUCAUCAAUUACUAUUCGAUUAUUUGAUAAAGAAGAGUUAGGUUGUAACCCUUCCAGCAAACAUGAUUUCCGCCUGCGCCAACGAUAGAGCGUUUGCUUGCCGUUGGCCAAUUAAAAUCGCCUGUUGCGUAUCAAGGGGUUCCAUAAGGACAACAUUACGGGGUGUUAAAAAGUGGGGGUUGUUAAUUUUUCUUAGAUCUUUCAUUUUGCCGUCGGAUACGCGCCAGGACUUUGUCAUCAAUUUUUGCUCUUCGUUGUUAAAAAAGUUCGAACGUAGGCGCGAAAUUCGCAUUACUCGAUUACUAUUUCCAAUCGAAUUGGUGCCUUACAAUAAUAAUCCAAUUUUCUAUAUUAUUUGAUGAAAAAUUGGUGAGCUUAAAUGCGCGGAUUUCUUGGAAUGCCUGACGUAGAUAAGAGGUACGGAAGGAAGGUCUCCAAAAAACGAUCUUAUCUUUCCAAAUUUCCUCGUAAUUCUUUUUAUUUGACUGGAUUAGGCUCAAAAAGAAAGACCGUACAUGAGCAAUCGAUCGUCGUGGAUUUAACUAAUGACGAUGUUAAACUAACGCGGGAAAAAAGCGAAACGAGUGAAGGUAGUUCAGAAGUUUGCGCUAUGAUAGCUGACAGUUCGAGCAGAUUUAAUCGCGAUAAUAAAAAAAAAAACGGUAUAGCUAGGGCGUUACGUGAUCGAGGACCAUGCGUGAUCCCGGUUCAACCGAAUCAUUGCCUUCCUAUACAUCCAGCACCACCGAUUCCAACUCGAGCUGUACCGAUACCAACAUCUCGAAAAUCUCAAAGUUCACACGCGAUUGAAACUUCGAUUUUAAACACGAUCGAUGUGGAAUCACCCGCAAAAUCGAGGAUUUUCGAAAUAAACGCCGAUUCGGAGGAAGAGCAGAGCGUUUCUUUUAUCUAUGAACGAAAUCGAGAAAAAAAGACUUCCUCGAAAGAGGCAAACUCUUGUCCUAUCAAAAUCCUAGAUCCUGUUAAACGAAAAAUCACUGAUGACAAAUCUAAAGAACGAGGAAAGGAUGCUACGAAGGAUUCGAAGAAAAAAAAAAAAUCCUCCGACGUUAAAUUAAACGAUGGAUUCAACGAAUUAUAUACGAAUGCUACUACGAGUAACAUCGAUAAAGAAAAGAAUAGAGAAGUUUUGGAUGAUACAAAGUGCGCUACGUCGAUCGUGGGAUCGACAACAGAAAUUCAUUUUGGGAAGGAUAAGAUCGUUCCUCCUCUUCGAUUAAAAAAAGUCGUUCGUCAAGAAGAGUUAUUGUCCGUAGGAAAAAAUGGCGAUCGUGGAAAAGCAGAAAUACCCUCGAAAAGAGACAAGGAGGCCAAUUAUAGAAUAGUCACUGGUGCUACCCCUCGUCCAGACUCUCAAUCUAUUCCGACGGCUUAUGAAUAUUGGACCAGAGGUUAUCAUUUCGAUGAUGAUAAUAAUUUUGAUGUCGCAUCGACGAGUUCAAUCCCUCGGAACACAGUACGUCGAUCUUCCCUCAAGAGCGACGAUUACAAAUUAAAAUAUAGACGUAAUAGGCUAAGGCGAAAACUCAAGGAAUUACAGGACAAGGCAUUGGAUCUAUCUCGGGAGAUAGCUAACAAGCCCACCAAUAUUGUUGAUUCUAGUCCGCAACGUAACACAAGGCUCAGACAAAUGAUGAACUGUUACGAGAAACAAAUAGAAAACGUUUCAAAAUUACUUAAUAAAUUGUACAGUGUUAAUCCUCCAUCAAACGAGUUCGUAGAUUUAGAGGAAAAUAAGAAAGAGCAUCGGUGGGACGAUGCAUUCGUUGGAAACUUUUCUCCAAUUUCUUCGCCGGAACCACCAAAACUCUCACCCCGUUCCCCGAUAGAUUAUCCUAAUAAGUCACCGGAUAGUAUUAGAAAUAGUCCACCUGUAUUGCCGAAAGUUUCUAUAAAUAUUUCAUCCAAUUUGGAUAUUCAGGACGAGCAUGAUGCAGAGACCGUACAAUUACCAGACGAAUCGACUUGGAUCGCGUGCGAUAAUAAUACAGCAGAAAUCUCAUCUAUGGCGGAUAGUUUUUGCGAAGACACGACUAAUCAAGAAUGGGAGUCUAAUAAUAAUAAUAUCAUCGAUUUAGGACAUCGAUCGACAACACCGCCAAUUCCUUCCUCAACUUCUAUCGAUCCGUGUUCCUCGGAAAAUGUUGAAAAUAUUGAAAACGGGCAAGUAUUUGUUGAUGGUAUUGAAGAAGUUGUAGAAAAAGAUAAUAUUAAAAUAGUGCACGAGAAAAAGGAGACGAUGAAAGAACUCUCCAAGACAAUAAAGGUCGGAUCGUCGAAUCAUUCGAUUGCCAAAGAAAAAACAGAAAUAAAGGAACAAGAGGCACGCGAUGCUGACAGCGCUAUUAACAUAAAUCUCAUCGAGGGUCCUAUAAUAAGUUCUGUCUCUGGAGGUACCGAGGUUCCAUCGCACGUCAGGUGCGAUCAAGUAAACGCAACCCAGCCAAUGAUGGUACCAAUAACGAAAACGAAAAUUUCAACUUCUGCCGACAUGAUGAACAUUUUACAAUUAGAAUCUAAUUAUUAUGACUCUACGCUCGUAAAGAAAAAUGUCUUGGAAACUAAUCAAAUAGAAGGUUCGAAAAAAACGCAGAAGGUAACGUCGAGUACAACGCAAUCCAGGAAGACCGACAAUGUUUCCGUAGCUCCGACUUUCAACCAAGUAGAAUAUCCUUUUACAGAUCAACAUUGUUCAUCUCAAAGUAGUAAUGAAAAUCGAAUAAUGACCGAACAAUUUCCUACGCUUGGUAAUUGGGUAGCCAAAAUGUCGAAAAAGCAAGUUUCCAAACAGAAAUCUAAAUUACAAACUGUGGGAAAUAAUAUAGGUAUCAUUCCAACGGAAGAAUCUACGCGCACUUCAGGGUUGGAGACGCACAAAGUAUCGUCAAACGACACCAAUAUCACCAAUAGUAACAAUGCGUUAAACCUUACUACUCCACAAUGGAAUACGGAAAGAUGGCAUCGUCAACAACAUCAUCAACAACGUCAGCAACAGCAAUUAUUUCAACACAUGGCUGCUGCCGCAACUCCUCAGUCCCUUCCGUCUACGACGACUCUGAAUUCAGGAAUUUGCACUCCGCACUCGACGACUCAUUUUUAUCCGAGUAACUAUAACAUUGAUCCAUACACCGGAGCAACGUUUAGUUAUCAUUCCGCAUUGUAUCCUGUUUAUGGCGGUUACCCGUAUCAUUCUCGUUUACAUCCGGGAACGCCUUUGACGAGUUACCACCACUUACCUAUGCAGAAUCCUCUUAAUUCGUCCUUACGUCAAUUGUCGCACGUCGACAAGCACUUGACCUCUUUACAGAACGCAAAUCGAAAUUUUACUUCUGAUAUUUUAAAAUACUCCGGAUCGCUUCCCGCCGCCGCAGCUGCUGCUGAAUUUCAGCCAUCAAAUGACUUUGGUUUCGAUCGACUCAGAGCAACAACUUCUACCGAUAAUCACAACGCAGAAGCGAGUUGUCUCUCGCCGUUAUUGCUAGCAUCUUCGGCUUUAUCCUCAGGGACGCAACAAAAUUUACCACGUAUGCCUCUUAACGGAUAUCCAGCUGGCAAUAAUCAAUAUGGACGCAACAGAAUAAUACCGGACGUUGUAGCUGCGGCUGCAGCUGCUGCAGUAGUCGCGGCAGCUUCUAUCGGAAGACAGCGUACUUCUUUAACUCCUUAUAGCAAAUCUGGAAGCACAGCCAUGAAUGCCGCUGUUAUGGAAGUUGAUUCUACCCGAUUAACUUCUAAUACUUCAAAUAAUCGUACUCGAGAACAUCUUUUGUCUCAUCAAGGACAAUCAUCCAUGGACGUUGGAACAAAAGAACCGCAAUGGAACGGCGCCGAAUAUCGUCCUAUACCUAAUUUACUUUUAGACAGAUUACCUUUUGUUAGACCGGAACACGAUUUUCCUACAACAUCUAUGCUUUCUAGUAAUAUUCAAAAUCCACCCGUAUCUAUACCGACGGUUCCUCUUCCGCAAAUGUCCAAAAAAGUUUCUAGAAACGUUGAAAGGGACUGCGAAACUCCGCAUCUCGGUAAAGUAAACAGAAGUCCCGAUACUUUGAGUAAUCUUAAAUGUUCCAAUUGUGGCAUAGCUGGAUCGAUGUUUAAAUGUCUCGGAUGCGAGGUAGCUUUUUACUGCAAUGAAAGAUGUCAAGCUCGACAUUGGAGCGUUCACGUUGAAAAAUGUCCUAAAAAAAUGCCAAAGUUAAAAAAAGUAACAUAAAUUGUAUAUUCAAUAUAUUUCUCCGUAAAUUAUAUUUACCGUGAUCCAUAUGUUUUAUAGUUUGCAAACAGGUCAUCAUAUCGUUACACCAAUUCUUCUUAUGUCUUUCAAAUUUAAAUUAUCUUACAUUAUUUUACUUUAAUUCUUGAUACGGAUAUACAAGAAAUAUUAUUGCAUGUGGUAGGUGUCGUUUUUGUAAAACAAGAUUUUCGAAGUUCUCAAAUUACGCUUUAAACUAUAAAGUAAAAUCUUCUUGUUUGUUCGUUCUUGCAUAUAUGUGCGUAUACACUAAUGUGCACACAUGCACAUUUAUAUGUACCAUUGUUAUGCAUUUUAAAUAAU